CGACUGCGAGCGUAUUUAGCAGCAUCAGAAGCGUGAGUCAAGAGGUGAUCGCGUUUUGCAUGACCCCGCGCUUGGCCUUCUGUCGAGUCAGGUUCAAGAUAGGGCGAUCGGACUUCGGCCGCUAUCACUGAUAGGACUUCUCGUUGCCCGAAGUCAUUGUCCGCCGCCGCAUGAUAAACCACCGAGAUUGCUUCUACCGAGUCUCACCGAUCUGGUUUCAACUUAUCAAGCAAUGCAGUCGUCAAGCUACAGGCAGAGGGAGGAUGCGCCAUUCCGGACACCGGAAGCUGUGCCCCAGAACGUCCUCUCCCGAAGAGCUUGUCUCGAGUGCCAUAGACAGAAACAAAAGGUGUAACAAGCAGCAGCCUUGUUCGAACUGUAUACGGCGAGGCAUUUCACACUCCCGCGUUUGGCCGGUAGACUUCAGGCGGCAUUGUAUGUCGCAGUAGAUCAACACAUCUUACUAAUCAUCAACUCGUGGUACUCCGGCCGUCCACGUCAAUGGCCUCUCGCGCGGAUCUCAGCCUGUGGCU